AUGCCCAAAAAGCGCCACUUCUCCAAUCUUAAGCAAUUCCAAGGCGAAUCGAGUGGCAAGCCAGCCCGAGAUGGCAACAAAGACGCCGGACCAUCAGUCAAUGAGCGCCUCAACGAGCUGAGGAAGAUUGAAGGGAAGGAUGCAGUGCGUAAAAAACGCGAACUCGCCGAAAGUACGAGCCAUCAAGCCAAACCGAAACAGUUGUUGAGAUUUGCCCGUCUUGCAGGGCUUGAGCCAAGAGAGCCUGAUUCUCCCCCUACGCUUCUGCAUCUUGCGUUGAAGACUGCAGCUUCACAUUGGGAAUUAUUUGAUGUGGAAGAUCUGCCUGAAUUGGCAGCCGAACUGCCACUGCCGCUAAGAUUGCGACUCCUGAGCUAUCUUGGCUACUAUGGUCCGCCAAUAGAUAUGAUGGUGUUGCAAGCUCUGGUCGGCGGAAGCGAGCCUAUGAAAUCGUUGGACCUAGCUGGACUCGUUGGACACGGCAAGUUAACCUUGAACCGGCUGGUGAAGUUUACGAAGCACCAAGCGGCAGAGCAGUCACCACAGAACUCGCCAGUAGUCGUGGACUCUUGGGAUCAAGAUGUUACUUUCGAAGCUGCGUUGACGAUGGGCCCUUCAAUCUCUCGCUUUUCGCAGCUAACGCACAUAUCUCUAUCACAUCCGCCGACAGGGACAUCAUGGCGUGACUUGUUGUCACUCGCAAAGCAUACACCUUCAAUCACUCACCUCUCUCUCGCGUAUUGGUCGCGACCUACUCUGACUCCAAACUUGGCCACAACGACCGUCUCGAGCCAGCAUAGUCCUGAUGUUACGGCAGGUGGCUCACACUACUACUCAGCACUUGAUCAAGACUUGACCGAACCGGCUUCUAUCCUACGACAGCUCAGUGCCAGCCUACUAUAUCUUCAAUGGCUGGAUCUCGAAGGUUGUACGGAGUGGAUUCCGGCUCUAGCUUUCCACGCAGACAUCAUUGAGCCGGAGCCCACUUCCGCCAGUGAGGAUACAACGAGUGACCCAUGGUCUAGAAGAAUAGCAACACCCAGCUUGUUCAUCUCAACCUGGAAGAACGUCACGACAUUACUUGUCGGACAGGGUUGGCUGCCGACUGUCCCAGGUCUGAAAGCUCUCCCAAGACAGACUAUGACGGCGUACAAAAGUCGGUGUCUAGAAGAUUACCUGAAAUCUUUCGAUCCACUUGAGCUGCGCAAAGCUGAACUGGACGAGGCCGAUAUCUUUGGCGUUGAGAAACGUCAAGCAGAUGUUUGGCUUGAGAUUGAAGAGCGAGCGAUUGCCGCUGAACGACGGAUCAAUGCUAUUCGGCGUGUACAAGCUUGCAAGCCUAUUGUGUUUGAUCACGGAUGGGAGAGGAAAGUGUUUUGGUAG